AACGGCCACUUAUCUAUCAAGGAGCGGGUGGACAGAGAGGACAUAUGCGCAGCUGUUGCUAAGUGCGCUCUAAAUUUUGAGAUUCUUGUAAAAAAUCCAAUAAAGCUUUACAGAGGGGAGGUAGAAAUACUGGAUAUUAAUGAUAAUUCGCCGAGCUUCCCGGUAAGGAACAGCGUCUUAGAAAUCAGCGAGUAUACUGCACCAGGCACGCGUUUCCCGUUGGAGAAAGCUCAAGAUCCCGACAUAGGAGUGAACUCUUUACAGAAUUACAAGUGUAGCGAGAGCAGCUAUUUCUCCUUGGACGUGAAAAACGGAGAUGACGGUGUGACAUAUCCGGAAUUAAUACUGGUGAAUUCUUUGGAUCGAGAACAGCAGGCUGCUCAUAAUUUGAUCCUGACAGCCACAGACGGGGGGAGUCCUGUGAAAUCGGGAUCGACAACAAUCCAAAUCAUUGUGUUAGACGGAAAUGACAACGCUCCGCAAUUUACUCAGCCCGUUUAUAAGGUGACUGUGAGAGAAGACGUAGCAGUGGGAAGUCGGGUGUUGCAGGUGACAGCGACUGACAGAGACGAGGGGCCAAACGCCAAGGUGAAGUACUCGUUCAUUAAAAUACCGGAGAAGGUCGACAAGACUUUUAAGCUGGAUCCGGAAAGUGGAGAAAUUGAGAUAACAGAGAAGCUGAAUUUCGAGGAACAGGAGUUUUACGAAUUGGAUGUGCAAGCCCGGGACACGGGCGGACUCUCGUCUCACAGCAAGGUUCUCAUCAAGGUCUCUGAUGUGAACAACCACGUCCCCGAGAUUGUCAUUAUGUCUGUAUUCAGUCCGGUCCCAGAAGAUACACCGCUGGGGACAGUCAUAGCAAUUUUCAACGUCCACGAUAGGGACUCCGGGGCGAACGGCGAGGUGCGGUGCAGCAUCGCCGAGCGCCUCCCGUUCCGGCUGGAGAAGUCCUUCGAGGACUACUACCGCGUGGUGACGGCGAGGGAGCUGGACCGGGAGGAGGUGGCGGAGUACAACGUGACGGUGCGGGCGGCGGACGGCGGGUCGCCGGCGCUGUGGAGCAGCGCGGUGCUGGCGCUGCGGGUGCUGGACGUGAACGACAAC